AUGGCAAACAUAACUAACGAGAGUGCUGAUCUAACUCCAAGACCAUGUCUAGAUCGAUUAACACAUGCUGUUCUCAAAGAAACAUCAAAAAGUUUAAAAUAUUAUAUCGAUGUAAAACGUCGUGAAAAUGCAUUUGUUUUAAAUACAAAUUCAUCUGUAUGUGAUUCAAUACCACUCAAAACGAAAUUUCUCUAUCGUACAAAGAAACAAUAUACAUCAUGUUCAAAUUCUCUUCAUACUGAUAAAAAUAUUUCAUCGAAUUUUCAACAAAAUCAAAAAUAUAAUAAUAUGAUUUCAACUAGUCCGGAAAAACAAAUGUGCCGUGAAGAACUUAAUUUCCAUAUGCGAUCUUAUCAUUUUUCAUCAAAUGAAAAUUUAAAGAAUUCCAGGCUUCAUCAACGAUCUAAAACUCGAUCAAAUUCAUUAUAUACUACUAAUCGUGAUAUUCAAUUACGAUCACCACUUAAAUUAAAACGUCAUGAGCAAGAUCAAUUAAUUGAUAAUACAGCUGAUAUACUUGCAUCAAUGGUUAAAUCACGACGAUCAUUUUGUGAAACAAAUUCAUCAAUACAACAAACACCAUUAGCAUAUCUUUCACAAAUUACAAAUCACUUUCCGCAUCAAAUUGAUGAUCAGUCAAAUAUUCAAACUUCUCCUACGACUGAUUUAAGAACAUUAUCAAUAAAUAAAGGAAAAUCUAAACCAAAAGAUUUUCUAACAAAAUCAGCAUUUAUCAUGAAAAAAUCAAAAUUAAUUAAUCAAGGUAUUUUAUGUGAAUAUAAAAUAUCAAUUACAACAGGAAAUUGUAAUGGAGCAUCGACAAAUGCACCUAUACGUAUUAAAUUAUAUGGUACAAACGGACAUAUAAAUUUUUAUGAACUUGUUCAUUCUGAAACACAUCAUAUACCAUUUUUAAAAGAUCAAACUGAUAUAUUUAAACUUGAAACAUAUCAUAUUGGUGAAUUAAUUGGAAUAACUAUUGGACAUGAUCGAAAAGAUAUGAAAGCAAGUUGGUUUUUAAAUAAAAUAUCAAUUGAUGAUUCUAUUCGUCAUAUAACUUAUGAGAUUCCAUGCAAUACUUGGUUAUCAAUUAAAUCAAAUGAUCAAAAAACUAUGCGUAGUUUUCAAGUUGUUUCAAAAAUAUUACAUAAGAAAAUAAUUAAUUUAAAUGAACCUCAAGAAGAAAAUGGAAGUCAAUCUGGUUCUUCUACUUUAUCAGUUGAAGGUACAUUAACAUCCAAUAUAUCAAAUCGAAGUAAAACUAGUUCAUUAAUUGAUUCUAAACAAACGAAAAAACAUCGUAAACAACGACGUGUAUCAAUUGAUCCAACAAUAACAACUGAAAAAUCAACAUCAAUCUGUACCAAUACAGAUAAUCAUUCUCAAUCAGCAUUAUCACCAAAAACUGAAACAUAUUCUAAUCAAAAUGAAGUUCCUUAUUCAAUGUCUAUAUCUGUACAUCAAUAUCGUUCACCAAAUCUUUCUGCAACUUCUUCAGAUACUGAAAUCGAAGGUAAUAUUAUGAAUCAAACACAUUCAACAACACCAACACCAUCACCAACAUUAAAUCAAAUACGUUUAAAACCUGUUUCAGAAAAUGAUACAUUACAAAUAAAAUCAACGAAUAAUAUAUAUCAACGAUAUUCAAUCGAUCCUGAUCGACCACCAGCUCGACUUGAACAACGAAGUCCAAUAUUAUAUACUUCACUUGAACAAUCACUUAAAAAUAAACAAGAACAAUAA